UUCAUUCAGUUAAUUGUUUACUCGACUGUAAAAGAUUUUUUGAGUUAGCUGCCGGUGUGCUAGCAGCGUUAACGUUCCUGAAACAGCGACACCGCGCUCGUUCUAACCGGAUGUGAAAUGCGGUGUCUGCGGUGAGUCGUGUGAGUGUAGAUGGAGCGAAGCGAAGUUCACACGCUGCACACUGACUUCAGUCCGUCCGCUCAGUUUUCACAGAGUUGAACGAACAAUGGCAGUUUGGGCCGGCAGAGGCCGAGAGCUCGCACGACUGUAACCCGUGUGAGCCUGCGCAUUGGCCGGUAUGUCUGCACUGCGGCCGUGGUGGCUGCUCUUCUGUCUGGCUGUGCUCGGGCAUGACCUGCGGGGGUCUCAGGCGGGCUCGGCCCCCAGCGCUGCGAACACUUUAGUAUGGGGACCUGGGCUGGAGGCUAGCGUCGUCCUUCCAGCUCGAUUCUUCUACAUACAGGCGGCGGACAGCUCGGGGAAAAAUUUGACUGCAUCACCUGGUGAGAAAACCUUUGAAGUAAAGAUUGUGUCUCCUGUGGAGCAGUUCACCAGGAUUUGGAUCCAGGUCCUGGAUCGUCGGGAUGGCUCAUUCCUGGUCCGCUACCGAAUGUACGCCACCUACUCGGAGCUUCACAUCCACGUUUUGCUGAAGAACGAGCACGUUGCCAAGUCACCGUUUGUUCUCAAAGGCCCGGUCUAUCACGAGGGAUGCGACUGUCCCCGGGAGAGCGGCUCUGCGUGGGAGGCCCACAUGCACUGCCCUCCGUCCUUCGCACAGAUAGAGAGGGACCUGUCCUUUUACCCGAGCGUCGACCCAGAUCGUAACGCACAGGAGAUCCCACAGCGCUUCGGACAGCGGCAGAGCCUCUGCCACUACACCGUCAAAGACAACAAGAUCUACGUGAGGACAUUUGGGGAACAUGUCGGGUUUAGAAUCUUUAUGGAUGCCGUCCUGCUGUCUCUCACCAGAAAGGUGCGGCUCCCUGAUGUGGAGUUCUUUGUUAAUCUCGGUGACUGGCCGUUGGAGAAGAGGAAGCCUCCCGAGAAGCUUCAUCCCAUCUUCUCCUGGUGUGGCUCCAAUAACACCAGAGAUAUCGUCAUGCCGACCUAUGACCUGACCGAGUCCGUCCUGGAGACCAUGGGGAGGGUGAGCCUGGACAUGAUGUCGGUUCAGGCCAACACGGGGCCGCCGUGGCCCGAGAAGAACGCCACCGCCUUCUGGAGGGGGCGGGACAGCCGACAGGAGCGCCUGGAGCUGGUCAAGCUUUCGAGGGCUCACCCGCACAUCAUAGACGCCGCCUUUACUAAUUUCUUCUUCUUCAAACACGACGAGAGCCUCUACGGGCCGCUCGUCAAACAUGUUUCGUUUUUUGACUUUUUCAAGUACAAGUACCAAAUAAACAUUGAUGGCACUGUGGCAGCUUAUCGGCUGCCGUACCUGCUGGCGGGGGACAGCGUGGUCCUGAAGCAGGAUUCUGGGUACUACGAACAUUUCUACAAGCAGCUUCGAGCGUGGGAGCACUACAUCCCUGUCAGGGCAGACCUGGGAGACCUGCUGGAGAAGAUCCAGUGGGCGCGUGACCACGAUGAAGAGGCAAAGAAAAUUGCUCUCGCAGGUCAGCAGUUUGCCCGCAGUCACCUCAUGGGAGACACCAUCUUCUGUUAUUACUACAUACUGAUCAAGGAGUACGCCAAACUCCAGGUCACCGAGCCGAAGAUCCGGAAGGACAUGGAAGUCGUGGAGCAGCCUGCUGAUGACCUGUUCCCAUGUUCCUGCCACAGGACAAACGUGAAGGAUGAACUGUGACUGAGCUCCUCCCACUUCAUAACUGACAGCCUUUUCUUUUAAAGUGCCGAUCAAUUGUAUGACUAUGGUUUGAAUAUCUGAUUCUUAUUUUUCAAUAAAUGCUUUUAAUGUGUUCAGAGCGUG